CUAAUAAAAAAAUUUGGGGGAUAUUUGCAUGUAAUUUUUUUACAAUUUCGGUGAGAUUGUGAGGUUAAUCUCCACCCACUUUUGCAUUUUUCUUCUUCACUGUUGUUUUCUGCGGUUGAAAAAUAUUUUAGCAAGCUUCAAUCUUUGAUCCAUUUGAGCUGUUUCAAAGCAGAAUCUAUUGCUAAAUUUUUGGGGGGAUUUGUGGCUGUAAAAAUGGAAGAGAAAGGUGGAGUCAGUCCAAGUGGGGUCAUCACAGUCAAGGGAGAUGAAGAAGCAACAGAGUUUCAACAAAACCCUAGCCUUCUUCAACCCGUGGGACCUACGACUGUGGUGUCACCUUCCCCGCCUCCGCCUCCGCCUCCACCUCCAACCUCCGUGACUCCUGUCUCAGCUGCCGCAGCUCCACCACCGUUGAUCUCCAGCGCAGGGUUAGAUCUGACGAAGAAGAAGAGAGGAAGGCCGAGGAAAUACGCUCCAGAUGGAAGUCUGAACCCUAGGUACUUGAGACCAACACUCUCUCCGACUCCAAUCUCAACUUCGAUUCCAUUCUCUGGAGAUUAUAGUCACUGGAAACAAGGAAAAGCUCAGCAGUAUCUACCUGUUGAACUCAUCAAGAAACCUCACAUGUUUGAGUAUGGAAGCAGCCCAGCUUUUCCUCCUCCUGGACUCUCAUGCUAUGUGGGUGCAAAUUUUACAACACAUCAGUUUACUGUCAAUGCCGGUGAGGAUGUAAUGAUGAAAGCUAUGCCGUAUUCGCAAGGAUCUCAAGCUAUAUGCAUUCUUUCUGCAACUGGUUCCAUCUCCAAUGUCACACUUCGUCAAGCUACCACUUCAGGCGGCACGCUUACAUAUGAGGGUUGGUUUGAGAUACUUUCUCUAUCGGGUUCUUUUAUGCCUACUGAACAAGGAGGAACUAAAGGUUGGUCUGGCGGUAUGAGCAUUUCUCUAGCCGGACCAAAUGGCAAAAUCAUCGGCGGUGGUCUUGCUGGUAUGCUUAUAGCAGCCAGUCCUGUCCAGGUGAUAAUGGGAAGUUUCAUUGUGAUGAAUCAAGCUGAACAAACGCAGAAUAAGAAACCUCGAAUCAUGGAGGCUUCUCCUCCACCACAACCACCACCACAACCACAACAACAUCCUACUUUCAACAUAACCAACGUGAAUUCUACUUCUCCGGUGGUAGCCACCAUAGAUGAUCCAAAACAACAAACUGACGGUGGUGGUGGUAUGAUGAGACCAGUGGCUCAAACUCCUUUUCACAACGACAAUUCAGCUAUGAACAAUUUCACAACGACCAAUCAUGGAUACGGGAAUGUGAACACUAGUACUAACAAAGAAGAAGCUGACUAUGCCGAUGGUGGUGAUGAUGAUCAGCCUGAUGAUGAUUCCUGCGAUACGAGGAGCCUGUCUAAUGGUGAUUGAGCUAUUCUCGGAUUUUCUUGUGUAGAAAGUAAGGAACCUUUAUGGCCAAAAAUUGAUUUAGCUAUUUUUUAAUUGCUCUGUAUUUGUUUUUGUGAUCGGUUUUAACUUCGUUAUGUUGAAAUUAUCGAUUGAUAUUGUUUUAUGGUUGUGGUUAUUUGGCUGAA